AAAUUACCAUUUGAAAUGGCGUUGGAGGGUGUGAAAAGUGAAAAAAGUGAGGAAAACAGUGGGAACGUCGCCGACGGGAAGGCGAAUGGGAUCGACAACAAAAGUAAACAGAUAGAGCCGAACACAGCGUUCUUGCGAGCGGCGCGCGCUGGACAGCUUGACACUGUCGUCGAGCUGCUCGACUCUGGCGCAGUCAAGGACAUCAACACAUGCAACUCGAAUGGCCUGAAUGCCCUGCACUUGGCAGCUAAAGAUGGCCACAUCACCGUGGUUGAGGAGCUACUCAAGCGAGGCGCAAUAGUCGACGCCGCCACUAAAAAAGGCAACACAGCACUCCACAUAGCAUGUCUAGCGGGCCAAGAAUCCGUGGCUCAGGCGCUGCUAGCGGCGGGGGCGAAGGCCGACGCGCAGUCCGCGGCCGGGUUCACCCCGCUCUACAUGGCAGCGCAGGAAAACCACGCCGGAUGCGUCAAGAUGUUACUGGCCGCUGGGGCAAGCCAAACACUUGCCACAGAGGACGGUUUCACGCCUUUGGCAGUGGCGAUGCAACAAGGGCAUGACCGCGUGGUCGCCGAACUACUGGAAUCUGACACACGUGGCAAAGUACGACUGCCCGCACUGCACAUUGCUGCUAAAAAGAACGAUGUUAAGGCUGCUACGCUCUUAUUAGAGAACGAACAUAACCCCGAUGCUUGCUCGAAGUCGGGGUUUACACCACUCCACAUCGCCGCACAUUACGGCAAUGUGGGAGUGGCGAAAGCACUCUUGGCCGCCGGUGCGGACUCAGGGCGGGCAGCUAAGCACAACAUCACGCCACUGCAUGUCGCUAGCAAGUGGGGGCAACUGGCUAUGGUCGACUUACUUGUCGAAAAUGGUGCGAAUAUUGCGGCAGUAACUCGCGACGGGCUGACGCCACUCCACUGCGCGGCUAGAUCGGGACACAGCAACGUCGUCUCGAGGCUAUUGCAGCACGGUGCUCCGAUUACAAGUAAAACGAAGAACGGCCUGACGCCUCUCCACAUGUCGGUGCAAGGCGAGCACGUGGAGACGGCGAAGGUACUCCUCGCGGAGGGCGCGCCCAUCGAUGACGUCACCGUCGACUACCUCACUGCGCUGCAUGUCGCCGCUCAUUGUGGGCAUGUCAAGGUUGCAAAGUUACUGCUGGACAGAAACGCGGAUGCAAAUGCACGUGCGCUCAACGGGUUUACCCCACUACACAUUGCAUGCAAAAAGAAUAGACUCAAAGUUGUCGAACUACUCCUCAAAUAUGGUGCAAGCAAAUCAGCUACAACUGAGUCGGGCCUGACUCCUCUGCACGUGGCAUCUUUUAUGGGCUGCAUGAACAUCGCUUUGGUCCUGCUCGGUGCAGGGGCGGAGCCCGACGCAGCGACUGCGAGGGGAGAGACACCUUUGCAUCUCGCUGCUAGGGCUCAUCAGACCGACCUUGUUAGGGUGCUACUCCGAAAUAACGCUAAGGUGGAAGCCCGCGCACGCGAGGAACAAACUCCAUUGCACGUGGCGGCGCGUCUGGGUCACGCAGACAUCGCAGCACUGCUGCUACAGCACGGAGCGGACGUUGCUGCGGCUACGAAAGACCAUUACACGCCUUUGCACAUCGCCGCCAAGGAAGGCAAAGAAGAAGUAGCCGCUAUCCUCCUAGAUAACAACGCACCAAUCGAAGCGGAGACGCGGAAAGGCUUUACCCCUCUCCACUUGGCGGCCAAAUAUGGCGCUGUGGGGGUAGCACGACUGUUAUUGGCCAGGGGAGCUCAGCCUGAUGCGCCAGGAAGGAGUCACAUUACGCCGUUGCACAUGGCUACAUACUACGGACACCCGGAUAUUGCUCUGUUAUUGCUUGAUAAAGGCGCAUCACCACACUCGCUGGCGAAGAAUGGACACUCUGCUCUGCACAUCGCCUGUAGGCACAACCACCCGGAUAUCGCCUUUGCACUACUCGAACAUGAUGCCGACCCUGGUGUAAAAUCGAAGGCAGGCUUCACACCCUUGCACAUGGCAGCACAGGAAGGCCACGAGGAUUGUGUAGAGAUGCUGAUUGACCGAGGCGCUGACGUCAACGUGCCAGCCAACAACGGUCUAACCCCCGUGCACCUAGCAGCCUCUGAAGGACGUACAGCUGUUCUUAAGACUCUUCUCACCGCCGGCGGACAGUGCAACGCACGUACUCGCGAUGGAUACACCCCACUGCACGCUGCGGCACACCACGGGCACCACGCGGCUGCCAAGACACUGAUCGAAGCCGACGCUGACGUCACCUCGCGGGCUGCACACGGUUUCACCCCUCUCCAUCAGGCUGCGCAACAAGGCCACACGCUGAUCAUACAACUACUUCUCAAGAACAACUCCGAUCCCAACGCUUUAUCAGCUAACGGGCAGACGGCGUGCGCGAUCGCCGACCGGUUGGGGUACAUCAGCGCCGUCGAGGCCCUGCGACCCGUCACGGAAAACACGCUCAGUCAAGCUGUCGGCGACACUGGCGGUGUGGAAGGCAAGUACCGCGUGGCGGCACCAGAACUCAUGCAGGACACGUUCAUGAGCGACUCCGAGGACGAGGGAGGAGAAGUAGAGUGUCCAAUCCAGCAACAACAGCAAUACCGCUACAUGAACAAUGAAGCGGGCACGCUGCACCGAGCCAAGCCGCUCGAGGACAGCGUCACCGAUGGCCAUCUCUGGCCGAGCAACAAUGACCGAAAAGUGGCCACUAUUGACCGUCAACCACUCGACAUCGGGUUCCUGGUGUCGUUCGUGGUUGAUGCGCGUGGCGGCGCCAUGAAAGCUAAGCGACGAGGCGGCGUACGCAUCAUCGUGCCUCCCGCUGCUUGCAACGCGCCCACGCGUGUCACGUGCCGUGCCGCAACCCGCCGCGCACCGGCCGCAGCGCCGCCCCCUCUGAUGGAGGGUGAAGCACUGGCCUCUAGACUCUUGGAGCUGCAACCACAGGGGGCAAAGUUCUUGGCGCCGGUGAUAAUCGAGGUGCCAAUCUUUACGACAUCGUGUCGUGAACGUGAGAUCGUCGUGCUGCGGUCGGACACCGGCGACACCUGGCAGGACCACUAUCUGCACAAUAACGACAAUCCCAUCAUACAGGAGGCCCUUCAACGUGAGCGACAAGAGCAUGGCCCUGGCGGCGAAACACUCGGUGAGAAUGGCGAGCGCGUCUGUCGCAUAGUGACCUGCGAUUUCCCCCACUACUUGGCCGUGGUAUCCCGUGUCAGGCAGGAGGUGCAUAUCAUCGGCCCGGAGGGAGGCACUGUGUCCAGCGUCCAUAUACCACAGGUGCAGGCGCAGUUCCCGCCCGCGGCGCUGACGAAGCGCAUCCGCGUGGGGCUGCAAGCGCACGAGCCAACCGCCGAGCUGCGCAGGCGCGCGCUACCGCGCUCUGUGCAAGUGUCGCCAGUCAUCACCGUCGAGCCGCGCAGGCGGAAGUUCCACCGUUCCAUUACGCUCUUCACACCCCUGCCAUCACAGGAUGGCAAGAUCGACCGCGCGGUGGCCACCACCAGCCUGCGCCUGCUGUGCUCCAUCAUGGGCGGGCAGGCACGCGCCGUGUGGGAGGACGUGACAGGCUCCACGCCGCUCACACUCACCGGCGACGUCGCCUCCUUUACCACCACCGUUUCCGCCAGAUUCUGGCUAAUGAACUGCCAAAACAUGAGCGACGCGACCAAAUACGCUACCGAACUAUACAGAGAGAUGUUGCUAGUCCCAUUCGAAGUCCGCAUUGUUGUAUUGGGCAAACGACUGGACGCGCUCGAAGGAAGACUGCUGGUUCUUUACAUCACUGACAGAUAUUCUUACGAGACUCUGUUGCAGCAGGAACACUAUACGGAGAUCGCCCACUCAACGGCCGUGACCCUGCUGGACACAAAGGACGUGUACUUGGAGUUCUCCGGGAACCUCGUGCCCGUCACGAAGUCCGGCAGCCAACCUGUCUUCGCUUUUGAGUCGUUCAAAGAGAACCGAGUGGAGUUCACAGUGCGCGUGAAGCACCACGAAGAGAAACCUGCGGGUAGAAUCUACUUCAUGAAUGAACCUAAGGUGCCGAAAGGUGAACAGUCGCAAACACCAGCUUGCGUGUUGGACGUUGAACUGCCGGAGAGAAUCGCACCUAGAGCCGGCAAGAGCCAGGUCGACUAUCUCAACUUGGACCAAUCUGGUUUCGACGCCCUCAAUGACGAACUAAGCCACUGGGGAGAGCACAACCACAGCAUCGGCCCACCUUCGAUUCCUCAUGACAAUAGCCAAAUCAAUGGACAUGACAAGAUUAUAACGAAUGGUGACGUCAAACCUACAAUAACAAAAGAUGAUAAGCCUGAUAGCCCCAAGCCGCAAGUUAACGGAAACACCCCUAAAGUUGACUCUAACAAAACCAAAGCCACUUUUGACUCGGAUGAAGACAAGACCCCGAUUAAUACUCUUGAAAAGGGCGAUAAAGGUAAAAAGAAAGACGGUGGCUUCUUCGGCGGUAUCGCGGGUAAAGUUAAGAAUGUUUUCGGCCACAGUGAAGAUAAGGGAGAUGAUAGCAAGGAAUCCUCUCCCAAACCUCAACCGAAACGCAGAGAAUCCAAAGAAAAAUCACCACCUAAACCCGCACCGCGAAUCAUCGAAGAGAGUUUACUAGACAAAGUCGAAGAUAUGUUCAAGGAUCUCCAUUCAAAACCGCCGAAAGAAGACGAUAUUGAAAGUAAAGUUUACGCUACGAAAUUAGUAGUAGAAGAAGACAGACCCACUAAUCUACAAGAAGAUAUCUACGCGCAGUACGCCAAUAUGCAACCAGUUGAAACUCCUAUUCGCACAAAAAUGACCGAUCCUUUCACAGAUUAUUACGAUUGCUGUGAUGGUAAAUUAGGCUAUAAACAUACACAUGACGAAACGUCAACUCUAGUCGAUAGAAUUGAAACCGCUAAAUUCACUGCAAAAGAAAAGUUAAAUGAUCUAAGCGACAAUGUUCAAAGUGACGUCCAAGAUGAUUUGGAUAAACUAAACAAAGAAAAAGAUAAUAUUAAACAAAAAACUGUAGAAGUAACUGAUGAUAUUAUUGAAAAAUGUGAAAAAGUUAAAUCGGAUGUAAAAGAUCAGGCUCAGAACACGAAGCAGGCAGCUAGUGACAAAAUAAGUAACCUGAAACGUUCAGCACAUGAAGCAUACGACGACGUUAAUGCUGAGGCAGCUGAAAUUCACGGUAGUCUAAAGAAAUCAGCUGACAAUGUUAAAGAAAAUCUGCAACAUAAAGCUCAUGAAAUUGAUUUCCUGGCCAGGGAACAAUCAGAAGAACUGAAAAACCGUGGCGAUGAAGUGGCUCACAACUUGAAACAACAAGCUCGAGAUGGAGCUAAUGAUGUAUCAGAAUCAUUACAAGGUUUAGAAGAGAACUUGAACAGAAAAUCAAAAGAAUUGACAGCGGAGGCAAAACUAGCUAUAGACAAUGUAAAAGAAGCGGCAAAUGAAAGACUGCACGAAGCAAACGAGUCAAUCGAAAACGCUAAGGGAAAAGCAGACAAAGCCAAAGAUGAAGUAAAUAAGAAAGCGAAGAAGAAGAGCAAGGAAGGAAAAAACUUCUUGACGGGCUUCGUGUCUGGCAUAUUUGGCGAAAAAGACAAAAUAGAGAAUGAAGUUAAAGGAAAGGCCAAGGAGGCAAAGAAAGCUGCUGAAGAUUUAGCCGAUCAGGCAGCCGCAAAGAAAGAAGAUAUUAAAGAAAGUGCUGCUAAAAAACAAGAUGAAUUCAGAGAUGGUGCCCAGCAUUUAGCUCAGAGCGCGCAGGCUAAAAAAGAUGAACUAGAGAAGACAGCAUACGAUACAGCAGAUAAAGCGAAGAAAACCAUCCAAGACAAAACAAAUGAUGCCAUCAAGACGGCACAAGAAAAAAAAGAUCAAGUAGAGCACACAAUUCACGACGAAAAGGAAAAACUAGGAAGUGCUCUUCACGACAAAGCCGAAGAAGCCAAAACCGUGGCACUGAAAGCAAAAGAAGAUCUAAUUGGGAUUGGCGACGCUAUUCACGAUAAAGCUCAUGAAGUCAAAGAAGACAUAAAAAUUCAAAAAGAUCGAGUACAAAAUGCAGUUGAAAGCAAAGCUAGCGGAUUGAAUGAAAGUGCAGGAGAUUUCGUACAAACCACGAAAGAUAAAACAAGUGAGUUAAAACAAGCGACACAAGAAAAGAUGGAAGAAACAAAAAAGGCGGUGAAAGACAAAAAAGAUGAGGUUGUCGAUGGAACCAAAAACUUAAUAGAACAAGCUUCAGCGAAAAAGGACGAAAUCGAAAAUAGUAUUGCGAAAAAGGGCGAAGAAUUUAAAGAAGCUUCGGAACACCUAGCGCAAAGCGCGCAGGCCAAGAAAGAUGAAUUUGCAAAAUCUGUACAUGAUAAAACACAUGAUAUCAAACAAGAAAUCUGCGACAGGAGUAAUGAAAUCGGCGCAGCUAUUAAAGAUAAGACAGGUGAAUUAAAGCAAGCAGCACAUGAUAAGGCAGAAGAAACAAGACAGGCCGCCAAAAACAAAAAAGAUGAAGUCGUCGAAGGAACCAAAAACUUAAUAGAACAAGCUACAGCGAAAAAAGACGAACUCAAAGAUAAUAUUACGAAAAAAGGUGAAGAAUUUAAAGAAGGCUCGGAACAACUAGCACAAAGUGUGCAUGCCAAGAAAGAUGAAUUCGCAAAAGCUGUACAGGACAAAACACAAGAUAUCAAACAAGGAAUCUCAGACAAGACGCAUGAAAUCGGUGCAGCUAUUAGCAAUAAGUCAUCGGAGAUUGGUAAUGCUAUUCAUGGAAAAAAGAACGAAGUACAAAACGCAACUAAAAAUGAAAUGGAUAGGAUAAGACAGGAAGCUGAACAAACUACAGAAGAAAUCAAAAGAUCAGCGGAAGAAACACUUAAUGCAGCGGCGGAUAAGAAAGCUGAGAUCUCAGCUGACAUUGGAAACAAAUGGGACGCCGUACAGAAAUCUGGUAAAGAGGGAAUAGAGAAUAUUCAGCAAGCUGCAAGUGGCAAGGCUGAUGAUUUGCGAAGGUCGACGAAACAGGUGUUUGAUCAUGCACAAGACUCGUCUUUAGGCGUCUUCGACAAGGUCGAAAGCGCUUCUAAGGACAAAAUGAGCGACGCCAAAGAUACGUGGGAAGACUUGCAGAGUUCGACUCGGGACACUUUCGCAGAUUUCAAGGAUGAUGUUCACAGCUGGGAAAACUCCGCUCAGGAUACAUUACAUAGCUUCCAGAGUUCAGCUGGAAAUACUUUUGAUAGUUUAGAUGAUUCGGCGAGGGAAUUCAUUGGUGGAGGUCAACAAACGGCACAUAAUGUUGAAAAUGCGGGGAAAGAACUUUUCGGCGAGGCAAGGGAUAGUUUUGAAGGGUUUCAAGUAUCUGCGGAUAACAAACUUGAGGAUGUCAAAGGGGCGGCAAAAGAAAGGCUGGAAGAGGCGAGCGCGAGACUGGGAGAAGUGGUGCAAGGUGUGACUGACGAUACACGGGAAGUGGAGAUGGCGGUCGCCAGUGAAGCUGACGAAUUUACAAGCAGUCUCAACGAUUUGGGCAACUCUGUCUUUGGAUUUUCAGGCAAAGGUUUCAUGAAGGAUUCAAGCACCAAAUUAUUGGAAGCAGAAAAGUCACAGUCAUCGCCAUCACCACAAAAGAAGGGUUCCGGAAUACCCAAGCUAAAGCGGAAGGGCAAGAAAUAAGCGACGCCGCGGCGACCGACAUGUAUGAUAUAGUUGCUUAGUUUUACUAUUUAUUGUUGUUGCUAUACACAUUGUGGUACGAUUAUUUCAUUUCUUAAUUCCGCGUAAUCAGUCAGAUCAAAAUUACUACGAGUGAAUUAUUGUUUUAGGGUUUACAAUAAACUAAUAAAUAUCGGUAUAAAUUCCGAUAUUUUUUAUUGGCAAUUCUCUGAACAAAACCUUCACAAAUAAUUGAUUUACUUGUUGAGUCCUAUAUAAUUAGAAGGCAGAGUAGAUAUUUAUUACGUUGUUGAAGAAAUGGAAUAAUCGUAUUUUUUAAGUAGGUACACUGUAUAUGUCACAGUAUCACUCAUAUUCCAGUGUAUAAACGAUAUUAUGUAAAAGAGAUUAUUCUGAAACAAGUCGAAUGUACAAUCGAGUACAGAAUUUUAUGACAUAAAAAUUUAAUUUUUGACUAAAUCAAGUCCUAGAACCUUAUUAAAAAUAUGGUAUAUAUUAUUCUACUAUCUUAAAGAUUUAUUAAAUCACCAGUAAAUAAUAUUAAACAAUUUUAAAUCAUGGCUACACUUGCCUAAAUCAUUUUAAA